AUGGAGCAGAGUGCGGAGGGCUCUCAGACCAGUGGGAGAGAAGCGUCUGUCUGUGGUCUGUACAGCAAGCGGUUAAAGGAGCUGGAGAAUGCUGCGUUACAAACCACGCUGACCUCCGAGAUGGACACCGAGCCUCCCGCAGAGCAGAGCCCGGAGGAGCCUCGGAGCGGACUGUCCUUGAGUCGUGAGGCCGCGGAGCAAGAACCAGACCCAGGCAGAAGUGUGAAGCAGCUGCCGGAGGAGCAGCGGAGCCUCACGGACCACCUCAACAAACGCCUCCUCUCUUCUUUUCUGGACAAACUAAACGAAAGAGACCUGGCCCUCCCCGGGGUCCGACACCUGGACUGUGCUGUGGCUGAGGCCGAGGAGGACUCCAACCGAGCUGCAGACGACUGGUGA